GCAACCUGCGACAAAUAUUUAUGCCCGAAUACACUCGCUUGUGUUCACUUCCCACACCACUGCCCGUGCCCACAUCCAGAUGUUGAAGACAAAGUUGAACUUGGGGAAGGGAUAGCCAUCUGUGCUAGCCGAGGAGGUUUUAAGGUCGGCGAGACUGCGCGCAAAAUCGAAUUGGCAAGGAAGGGUCUAUUGUGA